AUGACCGAGGAGAUAGGCGUCGAGGUGAUAGGCGUCGAGGCGAUGCGCGUAUUCUUCCACUCGAACCUACGCAAGCUAGCCACCCUCUCCCGCGACGCCCGCCAACAAAUGGAAGUCCGCGUCAGGUGGGCCUAUAUACACGAGACGCCCCCGGACGUGGUCUGCGGGUUGUGCCGGGACCACGACCACAGCGACGCCGACACGCGACUCUGGAUGUGUCCGAUGAGGGCGUGCGGACGCAGCGCCUGGCAUGAUGCCUGCCUCGAAGGGAUGUAUAGAAUGGCGGCAAGGGCCGGCCGCAUGCUGGCGUUCGGGUGUCCGGCUUGUGGCACGGGGUGGUGGCUCCGGAGCGAGAUGAGCGCGGAGGGGGCGCGGUUGCGCGAGGAGUGGGAAGAGUUCCAGAUGCAGCAGCUGCUGCAGGGGGUGGAUCAGAUGAAUAUGCCGGUUGUGCAGAGUGUGCCGGGUGUGCCAGGUGUGCAGCAACAGGGUGUGCAGCAAGGUGCACAGCAACCGGACUUAGAGCAGGAGCGCCUUUUCCGCCACCUCCUCCAUCUGUUCCAGCACUACCAGCAGAACAGGCAGCAGGUUUUAGAGCAGGAGACUCACCUCCGCCAACUCUACGAGCAGUACAAACUGAACAAGCAGCAGCAGCAGUACCAUCAGACCCAGCAGACCCAGCAGAAUUCGAUGCCGCUGCUACAGUCAGAACUAUGGGUUGAAGACACUUGA